CCCAGGGGAGCAUCCCCUCUCGCUCCUCAAAAUUGGGGAGGAGCCUUUCCUUUCCUACCUUAUCAGACCCCAGCAGAAGCUGUGGAGAAUGUGGGGUUGGGAGGACUCCGCCCCUUGCCCUGAUCUCUCCAGCUCCGCCCGGGAGUCCGGUCCAGGAGCCAGCUCCCGGUACUUGGAGCUUGAAGCCAGUGCCGGGUAUGCAGAACCUCGGGUCCCUGGCGAUGCGGGGUCGCAUGGCGCGCCUGUGGGCCCCUCUGCUAAGGGCCCCGGAGCGUCGUCCCCUCGGGUCUAGGGCCAAAGCUGUGGACUCUGCCGCUGUCCCCACAGCGCUGACUGCGGAUCCCGGCACCUUGUCCUCCUCCGCGGGGCCUGGCGAUCGGCAGCUGCGCAGUCCGGAAGAGCUUUCAGGCCCUGGCGCGCUGCGCAGUUUUUUCCAUCUAUUCGUGCAAGGCUAUGUCUUUCACAUGCACGAGCUUCAGGUAUCUUUAAAGGAAAAGUAUGGGCCAAUCUGGAAAACAGUUAUAGGACCUUAUACCAAUGUGAAUCUGGCGAGUCCAUCAUUGAUAGAGCAGCUGAUGAGGCAGGAGGGGAAGCAUCCUUUGCGAAGUGACAUGGCUCUCUGGAAGGAACACCGUGAUAUUCGAGGAUAUUCCUAUGGACCUUUCACCACGCAAGGAGAAAAAUGGUACCAGCUUCGUCAGGCUCUGAACCCACGGAUGCUGAAACCGUCAGAUGCUGCCCUGUAUACAGAUUCUAUUAAUCAGGUGGUAGAGGAUUUACUGGUUCGACUAGAAGACAUAAAGAUAAAGAGCCCUUCAGGGGACCAGGUGCUUGAUGUUGCUCAUCUCUUCUACCUCUUUUCCUUGGAAGCUAUUGUAUACAUCUUGUUCGAGCAACGAAUUGGAUGCCUGAAAUCAUCCAUCCUACCUGAGACAGAGGUUGUGGUAAAGUCUGUGGCGCUCAUGUUCAAGAAUUCUGUGUAUGCUACUUUCCUGCCAAAGUGGACUCGUCCCUUCCUUCCUUUUUGGGAUCGUUAUUUGGAAGGCUGGGACAACAUCUUCUCUUUUGGGAAGAAAAUGAUCGAAAAGAAGCUCAAGGAGAUGGAUGAUGAAUUAAAGGCUGGGAAUUCUGACAAAGUCCAGGUGUCUGGCUACCUGCAUUUUCUGCUGUCCUCUGGACAGCUCAGUCCUGAUGAAGCCAUGGGCAGCUUGGCUGAAUUUCUCUUGGCUGGAGUGGACACGAGUGCCAACACGUUGACUUGGGCCUUUUACCACCUGGCGCAGGAUCCGGAGCUCCAGGAAGCUUUGUACCAGGAGGUGAUAGCGGUGGUGCCUCCUGGGCAGAUACCCCAAUCCAAGGACUUUGCUCACAUGCCCCUGCUCAAAGCAGUGGUUAAGGAGGCUCUUCGCCUCUAUCCUGUUGUCCCCAUAAACUCGAGAAUCAACACAGACAAGGAGGUUGUAGUGGGAGACUUCCUCUUCCCCAAGAAUACCCAGUUUGUAUUGUGUCAUUUUGUAAUAUCCCGGGACGCAGACAUCUUCCCAUCUCCCAAGAAGUUUCUGCCUCGGCGUUGGCUACGGAAAAACCAGAAUGAGGCUGUGGGAGUCAAACACGCCUUUGGCUCCAUACCCUUUGGCUAUGGGGUCCGAGGCUGUCUAGGUCGUCGAAUCGCUGAGCUUGAGAUUAAUUUGGUGAUCUCAAGGGUGAUACAACAAUAUAAGCUAUCUCUAGCUCCUGGAAUGAAGGAAGUGUACCCUUUGUCACGAAUUGUCUUGGUGCCCGAUAAGCUGGUUAACCUGUGCUUCCAGAAAAGGCACCCCUGAAUCAUGGGGGCACCCUAUUGUUCUUAACUAGCCAGAUUCCUUUCUGAGGUAUCCCCAGAUCUUAGCUCUCCCUGUGCAUUUAGCUCAGGUUGCCAGUCCUAAUUGUAAUGGACUCUUACCCAAAAGACACAGGAUGAGCUCAGGUAACCUCCUGAAUUCUUGGAAGACCAAACUCUGUCAGUGUCUGCUUACAUCUUCUUUGAGGCCUUUGGCCCAUUGAAAUGCAACUAAUAAAUCGACUUUCAGUGAGCCUGGAA